AUGACUGUGCUGCGUUACAUCUCGAAUGACACUUCACGCUUUCAUACCUUUGUGGCCAACAGAGUCAGCAUGAUUCGAGAAGCGACAAACAAGGAGCAAUGGAAUUAUGUCGCUGGUAAGAUCAACCCAGCCGAUGCCUGCUCAAGAGGCAUGAAUAUUGACAAAUUGCAGAAAUGUGAUAUCUGGUUCAAGGGACCUGGAUUCCUAGGAGAAGAACAGCGUGAAUGGCCAAAGAACCUAGAUGAAGCUGAGACUGUCAAUACACUUCAGCCUGAUGAUCCGGAGGUAAAACAUUCUGUGAAUGUAGCCGUCGAGAAGCAGACACGAUGUGCCAUGGACAAGUGA